AUGUCGGAUCCCAAGCCUUCGCCAGUUUCGGACCCUGAAGCUUUUCCGCUCUUACCAGCACUAGUGAAUACGUACGUGGCGAUUGAUAGACUAAACAGCACAGAGACAAGUAAUUGUUCAACGUCCGUAGAGGCUAUUGAUUACAUCGGACAUUUUGACUAUGCGUUGACGGUUAGGGGUCGGGGUCGCGAUUACGACACCAUCGAGAGCUGGCUGGAUUAUAUGAAGUAUAUCCAAAAACAGGCAGAUUUCGCACCUGAUUUUGCUCAAUGGGAUAAACAUACAAGGGAAAUUGAAAGAUUGGCAAAUGACGCUCUCACCGAGAGUAAGAGGGUGCUCGAGGAGCACAACCGGCCGGAAAAGAGAUUACCCCACGUGGUCGUGAGAGGUAUCUAUGCGAGAACCGGGCUGCUCCAGAGAUGGACCAAAUUGCAUCUCGAGGUGAUUCGAGCUCAAGAAGACUACAAGAGAUAG